CCCGCUUCCUGUCAUAUCAUGUGGCAACUAGCUACAUGACUAUUUAACUGUUGUUGUGUAAUGAUCAUCAUAUAUGCAGCAUAUGCACCAUGACAUAAGAGGCGAACAUGACAGGCAGGGGCAUAAGCAGCAGGGGUGGGGAUGGAAGACCCGCCACACUCACACAUGAUAGCUUGUUAAGUAUGUAUGAUGUAUCUUAUAUGCAGAGUAACAUCAUCUGUGGCAGCAGUGGCAGCAACGUGGGUUUGAUUUGUUUUCUUUUGUUUGUUUGUUUGUGUCUGCGUGGCGACUUUGAUUUUCUCAAAAGACAGGGUCCUGUGACUGUCUUGGUUGUUAAAUUGAGUAGGAGUAUGUAUCGGUACGUGGGAUUUUAUGAAGGGGAAGAGAAGUAUGAAAUAGACUAUCGCGUGUGUACUGGGUGUAAUACUGCAUAGUUGGUUUCUGGAGUAGGUAAUCAACACUGGGUAUCUGUGUUUAGGUAGUAGUAGUAUAUAGCUGUCUGGAAUUGGUAGUGUGGGCGCGGGGAUGUAGUAGUAUAAAUAUAUUAAGGGUUCUUUGA